GUAUAAAUUCAACGCUAUGCGUACAUUACAUGUUUAUAAAUAGUGUUUCGUUUUAAAUAUCUUCAAGUGCAUCAAAAUCGCAAUGUUUAAAAAUCUGCUAAUAAAACAUCAAGUACAAAAACGUUGUUUCUGCAAAGUGAAAAAUAUAUCAAAAGAAGAUGUUAACAUUAAACCAAUUGGUUGGGAUAAAGCGAAACCGUUCGACAUUAUUCCUGGACCAAAGCCAUUACCGAUCGUAGGAAACUCGUGGCGUUUUCUGUCUAAUGAUUUCAAGAGAAAUCAGGACAAAUUCCAUAUGGAAUUGCAUGAGACGUACGGUGAUAUUUGCAAUUUAAGGAAUAUUCGCGGUUCCUCGAUGCUAAUGGUAUAUUCACCUGAAAUUUUCGAAAUGAUGUAUCGCAAUGAGGGAGUAUGGCCAAUACGAGACGGGUUUGCAAGUUUGAAUCAAUACAGAAGCGUGACUAGAAAAGACAUUUAUAACGGAAUGGGUUUAUUGACUAUGCAAGGUGCAGAUUGGCAUAAUUUGAGAUCGAAAGUGAAUCCAAUUUUCAUGCAACCGCGCACUGUGCAUCUAUACAUAUCUUCUAUGAAUUUGGUUGCUCAUGAUUUCAUCAAAAGAAUGGAAAAGUUGAUGGCGAAAAAUAACGAGAUGCCGGCGAAUUUCGAGCACGAACUUAAUAAAUGGGCAUUGGAAUCGAUCGGUAUUAUAACUUUGGAUAGACGAUUGGGUUGUUUAGAAGAGAAUCCAACGGAAGAAGUUCACGCUUUGAUUAAUUCCGUCGUUGAACUGCUCAGGCUUUUAUUUCUUAUUGAUAUGACAGCGUUCGGUAACAUUUCUAUAAAGUAUAAUUUGGGGCUUUGGAGAAAGUUCGUCAAAUAUGAAGAUUAUGUUACAGAUGUUUGCUUCAAGUAUAUAAACGAGGCUUUCGAAACUUUGGAUCAUAAUAAACCGGAGAACGAGAAGAGCGCCUUCGAAAAACUGUUAAAAAUUGAUAAGCAGUUUGCAAUGAUUAUGACUUUGGAUAUGAUAUCUGCUGGAAUUGAUACAACAGGAAAAUCGACUGGAGCCAUUUUAUAUUUUCUUGCGAAAAAUCAGAAUGUGCAAAAGAAAUUACGGGAAGAAUUAUUGGAAGCCUUACCAGAUGCAGAUACACCAUUGACUAAAGAAAUUUUAAAUGAACUGCCUUAUUUAAAAGCUGUUAUUAAAGAAGCACAAAGAUUAGCUCCAAUUGGAACUGGGAACUUGAGGAAAACCACGAAGAAUGUUGUUUUAGGAGGAUAUCAAAUUCCCGCCGGAGUGAACGUAUUCAUGGGAAAUUUAUAUUUAAGCCGGUCAGAUAAGUAUUUCCCAAAAUCAAAGGAAUUUAUACCGGAACGUUGGUUGCGCUCAACUACCGGUGAAAUGUCUUACAAAAAUGUUAAUCCAUUUGUUAGUCUUCCUUUCGGUUUUGGAGCCCGAUCUUGUAUAGGCAGGCGACUUGCCACUUUACAAAUUGAGAUUGUUAUUGCUAAGAUUAUAAGAAAUUUCCAAUUAGAUUGGCACCAAGAAGAUAUGCUUUUUGAAACUGAGCUUUUAUAUGGAAUUAAAUCACCUUUGAAACUACAUGUAACAAGAAUUUAAUAGUAUUGUAACUUAAUUCUUCUGAAAACAAAUUGUAUACAUAAAUUUGAAUUCAUAAAAUUUGUGUAUAUAAAAAGGUUUACUGCAAUGGAACUGAUUAAUUAAUCAAUUGUUGUGUAUAUUCCGGAUGAUAAUUUAAAACGCGUAAUAGAUAAAUGAAUGAACAACACUGCAAAUUCUAUGUAUUUUUAUAUGUAAUGAAAACAUAUAAAUAAAAUGAGAUACUGUCUCAAGUUUAU